UUAUAUUCUUCAUUGAAUUGGUAUAUAUAUAUAUAUAUAUGUAUCGAUCUGAUCUGUAGCUUUAAUUUGCAGAACGAAGCCCAACGUGUUUUCCCUCGAAUUCUCGGACACGAAGCCUCUGGGGUGGUUGAAAGUGUGGGGGAAGGGGUGGGGGACUUGAAACCGGGAGACCACGUCGUACCAAUCUUCAACGGGGAAUGCGGCGACUGCGCCUACUGCAAAUCCGACAAGACCAAUCUGUGCAAAGAUUUUCGGGUCAGUCCUUUCAAGAGUACGAUGAUUAAUGACGGCAAGUGUCGGUUUUCCAGCAAAGAUGGGAACCCCAUCUAUCAUUUCCUCAACGCUUCUACAUUUACACAGUACACUGUUCUUGAUUCCGCCUGUGUACUCAAGCUCGACCCAAUGGCUCCCCUCAAAACCAUGACUUUGCUUAGCUGUGGAGUUUCUACCGGACUUGGAGCCGUGUGGAACACCGCUGACGUUCAAGCCGGAGAGACAAUUGCUGUUUUUGGCCUCGGAGGUGUUGGUUUGGCUGUUGUGGAAGGUGCACGAAUUAGAGGUGCGUCAAAAAUUAUCGGAGUCGACACCAAUUCUAAGAAACGUAUUAAAGGUGAAGCUGUUGGAAUUACUCAUUUCAUAAACCCAAAGGAACUUGACAAACCAGUUCACGAGGCAAUUCACGAAAUGACCGGAGGUGGUGUGCACUAUAGCUUUGAGUGUGUCGGAGACCUCGAUGUCUUCCGCGACGCAUUCUUGUCGACCAGUGACGGUUGGGGAUUGACGGUGAUUCUAGGGAUCCAUACGAGCCCAAGGAUGCUAUCUCUCCACCCGAUGGAGCUAUUUGACGGGCGGAGGGUGGUGGGGUCGGUCUUCGGCGACUUCAAAGGAAAGUCACAACUGCCUCAUUUUGCCAAACAAUGCAUGCAAGGGGUGGUUAAGCUGGAUGAAUUCAUCACCCACGAAAUGGAAUUUCAACAGAUAAAUGACGCCUUCCAGCUGCUUAUUGAAGGAAAAUCAAUGCGUUGUCUUCUUCAUCUUUGAUGCAUUUUCUCAGGAAAUUGGCAAACAUUAUAUUGAUGCAAAAAUUUUAUAUUUUCAAUGAAAACAUUAUAAAUUAUUGUGAUUUUU